UCCAACUUCCCAGAAAAGAAGAGAAAUCAUAACAUCUUCCCACACAAAAGACGCUCAUGCUUAGGUUUGCCAAAAGCGAAUCCAGGGAUGAUUCGCGGCGGUCGCGCGAGGGCGGCCAAAGUCCAAUUUCAACAAGGAUCAUUCGGACGAGCAGUCAUCAAGAUGAAACGCCUCGGAUUAAAACAAAAGGAAAUGGAGGAGAAACCUAGUAGUUUGUCCAACACCGAUUUUGCCCUGCUGCCCCCAACUCGCGUGAGAACGCCUCUAUACCCAUUUGCAUCGGAAGGCCGAAUAAUUGGCUGUUAUAUCUCCGACGCCGAAGCUUGCGCGCGGGAACCCUCAGGCGCGACGGUCCGUCCCGGAAAGGCGGCUAUUGUCACGAAAAAGAAGAUGCUGUUGACCCGAAUAUUAGAACGCAGGAGAUUCCACGAAGCCGUUUGGGCAAUACUGUUCACACUGGUUAAAGGUACCGUCAGUCCUGCAGUCGAAUGGGGAAGAGGUAAACAAGAUACUCACGCCGCUUUACUGGCACUAUCUAUUGGACCGCCAAGCACGCCACCCAUUUGA